AUGGCCUCGAACAAUGAACCGAAAGACUACAAGCUCUCUCAGGAGCAGAUCGACCAUUUCAUGCGACAUGGCUACGUGCGCCUGACCAACUGCUUCUCCCGAGCUAAGGCAGCCGAGUGGACGGCAGAUGUUUGGACGCGACUUGGCUACUCCCCUACAGACAAGUCAACCUGGACUGCCGAACGAAUUAAUAUGCCCGAACACAAGUCGGAGCCCGUACAGACCUUCGCCCCCAAAGCAUGGGCCGCCAUCUGUGAGCUGCUUGGUGGCGAGGACCGCGUGGCGGCGCACUCGGCCACCUGGAACGAUGCCCUAAUCGUCAAUCUUGGCACGGAGGAGUCCCAGGGGAAAUGGCCCCAUCCGUCUGAGCUGCAAGGAUGGCAUGUCGAUGGUGAUUUUUUCAUCCAUUUCCUUGAUUCGCCUGAGCAGGGGUUGCUGGUCAUCCCUCUGUUUACCGACAUCAUAGAACAUGCCGGUGGCACUAUGAUCUGUUCUGAUGGCAUCAAGAGGAUAGCCCAGCAUUUAUACAAUCAUCCGGAAGGAGUCUCCCCAUACAUGGUUCCUCGCGCCCAGCCUGAUGACCAGAGUGGUGCCUGCUAUGACAGAGUCAUCAAAGAAUGUCAUGAGUUCCACGAGAUGACCGGCAACGUGGGUGAUGUGAUUCUCCUUCAUCCGUUGAUGCUCCAUUCCGCCUCGGUCAACAGUCUGAGAAUUCCGCGGAUCAUCACCAAUCCUCCGGUUUCGCUGAAUGCGCCUUUCAACUUUGACCGGGAAGAUCCAAGCCAGUACAGUAUCGUGGAAAAGAAGACACUGCAAGAGCUUGGAAAAGAUCGCCUCCACGGUUGGACUAUCAAGGGUGGUAGGGAUGCUGUGACUCCCGCAAGACUCAAGGCCCAGGCACGGAUGAAAGAGCAGGAACUAGAACGCCUCAAGGCAUCUCCUGAGACUUCAGGUACAUCCGCCCCCACUCCACCUCAAGUCCCUCUGAGUACAAACCCAGGUCAAGCCACGCGUCGCCGCGAGAAAUGCAGUCUCAUGUGA